UUGGUCGGUUCGUUCGGUCCUCCUGCCUCGCAAGUCGAAGGCCUGCGCACAGUUCUCAAAGGGAUUGUGUACCGGGCUGCGACCGUAAUCGAUGGACGUUCCUCUGAAAGCGGGGCGCUAGCAGGCUACCACCGAGUCAAUCGCCUACUUCGUAGUGUUGAACGACAGCGGACCCAUCUGAGCAAGUCUGAACUUUCGGCUGCGUUUGAUCUUGAAAUGGGACGAUGGCUGGAUCAGCUGGCUGAUGAAGACUUUGAGCGCGCCUACACAGCCUUACGUGGUCGAUACCUUUGUGAUGUUGGAAAGCCCGAGAAAGACGAGAAACCGAAAAGAGAUCGUAGAAGGGAGGCCAGAUUCGUGAAUCGGGACACCAACCUGGAAUAUAUCGACUCAGAUUUCCGGGUUGGCAGCUAUGACCCAGAUGAAGUUUGGCCUCUGGGAAAAGCGAAUGAGAAGGAUGAUGCGGUGCGGUGUGUCUGUGGAUCCUUGGAAGAAGACGGCGAAAUGACGCAAUGCGAUACCUGCAACUUCUGGCUACAUAGCGAGUGUCUCGAUACACGGGAUGUCGACCAAGAAACUGUAAGUGGAGAU